AUGGUAUCCACUAAUAAUGGUAAACCUGAAUUUGCCAAUCCAACAUUGUCUCAUCGGCCUUGCUUCCCAGUUUGGCUUGAUUCAGGAUUGAAAAAUUUUCAAUGUAUGGGAAAAGAUCAGCUACUCGUUUCUAGUGACUUGUUUACGUUUGAAGCAAGCUUUAAUCGCUCAUUUUUGCAAGAGCAAUUACAGAAAGGUGAAAAGAUUAUAGCUAACCAAGUAAAGCAAAAUAUUUCCGAUAAAACUACCGAGCAAAGGCGAAAAUCGAUUUUAAGACCAAUUGACGACGAACCACAAACCGCUCACAGAGCAACAGAUCAGAGUAGUAGCCCUGAUGCAUUUCAUCUUGGCCCUACUUCGAAUGAAAUGGAUUUAUAUCCGUCUAUCUUUGGGCGCUCAAAUUCUACUCUUCAACCUGGGAUUACAGAUGAGACGCUAUAUACUGGUAAACAUUUUCUAUUUCAUGUCGACAACCGGGCACAUACACCAAGCUUUAAACAAAGACUAGAUCGUUUCAAUAGCUUUCAUGGUAGAAGUUCCGCUAAUUAUCAUAGCAAUAUGACAUUUAUGCCACCAUUGAGAAAGGUGGAUGAUGUAAGGCGUUCUUCGGCAAGUAAAGUUAUUCAAUCUUCUACUCAGCCGUGUCGUGAGUCUCGCGAUAUUGUAGCCACUGGUGUUGCAGUAACAGCUAACACUAAACGAUCAACAUCACGAAUUAGCUUACCUGGCAGAGUACCUAGCAAGGCGAAAUCAUCGCAUAAAUCAUAUGAAGAUAUGUAUUCCAACGCUAUGGAAGGAGGUAGCGUCAAUUUUCAGCAAAGAUUGGCGGAACUAACUACUUUACAGCAGGAAACAGUAUGGCAGAUAGAAAUCGGAUUUGCUUAA